AUGGCCAACAAUAAAUCAUUCCUUUGGCUACUUUGGUUCAUGAAAGUCUCCCUCAGCACCCCAAUUCAGGUUCUAUUCCAGAAAGGUGCAGCUUUUUUGGCAGCAGUAUAA